AUGAAAGAGCAAGUGAAGCAUUUCCCUGCGUGUUGUGCUGCGCUCGCCUCCCUGCUUGGGAAAGUGACGUGCAAUCUGACUCGGGGCUCUGCAUAGUUGGAGUCACUGUGCGCCACACCGAGAGUGCCUUCGGGGAGGUCUGCACUGUUUUCCCCACCGAGGAGCUCAGUCAUGCGGGAGUUGAUGAAGAGAGCAGAGCAAGACAGGAGGAGGCAAUUUUAAACCCCUCUGAAUCUUUCAUAAGGGAGCUCUCCAGCAUCAAACUGCGUGGAUGGACUGCGAGAAAGAGUUGGUCCUGGGAUGCGCUUUUAGCAGGAGCAAAGAGUGACACAGAAACACAGCCAGAACCAACUUAUGAGUCAUCUCGACCAGGAGUGCAAGAAGCCCCGAAUUCUUGUUUUCUCCAAGGAGCUGGAUGUAAUCCCGCCGUGUGUAAACACCUCUUGAGAUCCUUAGAUGAAAGGGCGACCAGCAGAAAAGCACAGUGCAGCAGAGAAUGGGAGUGGACAUGACUGCUGUCUGGCUCAUCCCUAACCCCUCUUAAUAACAGCGCAGAGGCAAAGCAACUCCAAACAACGCAGAAGGUGUGUUGGCCAUUUCUGGUUUACGACUUACCUCGUUGUAUCAAAUCAAGAGGGAGACUUUCGAUGAGCAGCUGACUUUGAACGGAAAUUGGCUGAAUUUGAAAGUCAUCCAGCCCACAGGGAUGUCCUCAAACGAGCUGAGUGUUGAGAUGGACUCCUGCAUUCGGACAUUCAAGGAGCACAUGCAUCUGGAACUGGAGCCCCCCAAGGCCCCUGGUGUGGUGGGAGGGAAAAGGGGCGCCACAUCCCCUAAACUUUCCCCACGGAGCUCCCCGCGGCUCUUCCGCAAGCUGGUGGUCAACAAGAGCAUCAGACAGAGGCGACGCUUUACAGUAGCUCACACCUGUUUCGAUGUGGAGAAUGGCCCUUCGACCAGCUGCAGUCCUCUGGACCCUCAGGCCUCCCCCGGCUCUGGUCUUGUCCUCCACACCAACUUCCCAGGUCACAACCAGCGCAGAGAGUCCUUUUUGUAUCGCUCUGACAGCGACUAUGAUCUGUCACCCAAGUCCAUGUCACGGAACUCCUCCAUUGCCUCUGAGCUACAUGGUGAUGACCUGAUCGUGACGCCUUUUGCUCAGGUCCUGGCAAGCCUUCGAAGUGUGAGGAAUAACUUCACUGUUCUGACCAAUGUCCAGUGUGCCUCCAGCAAGAGAUCUCCUGCAGCCGCAAAUCAGCCUGCAGUCACCAAAGUGUGCCUCCCAGGUAAGAAGAAGCUCAGAUGAAAAUUUGGAUUGUAACAGCAUGAACUCAUCUUUAUUUAGCUGGUGUAUUACUGAUGUAGCCGGACGUGCCUUUAGUUAUUGUUGAUCGCUUUCGUCCCACCCCCCGCCCCCGCCUCACAUUAUCGCAUACGUGACAACUUUUGCCUUGAAUACCAUUUGCAUUGUACCCCUACACUUUUUUGUUAUUGUCGUCAUUAAGCACACCAAAACUAC